GCUGUUUCCGGUGGGAGGAACUUCAAGUUUAAGCGCCAGAAUUUUAAUGUCCCGCCUGUUUCUCUAGUAACUGACUGUAACUGCACCGAGUUAUUGUGCAUUUCUCCAGUAUUGCAUGAAGAUAAAAUGUCUCCCACAGCCAAAAGAGCCUGUCCCAGUCCUCUGAACGACAGCCUGGAGAAAAGACUAAAGCGUAUUUCCAUUGAAGGCAACAUUGCUGCGGGUAAAUCCACUUUUGUUCGCCUGCUGGAGGAACAUGAUCGAGAAUGGGAGGUAGUACCGGAACCCAUCGCUAGAUGGUGCAAUGUACAAACUCACCACAACGAACAUGAGGAAUUGACCACUUCUCAGAAGAGUGGAGGAAACGUGCUGCGGAUGAUGUACGAGAAGCCCGAGCGCUGGGCCUACACCUUCCAGAGCUACGCCUGCAUGAGCCGCAUCCGCUCGCAGAUCAGAUCCACCAACGGAAAACUGCGAGAGGCCGACAAUCCGGUGCAGUUCUUCGAGCGAUCCGUGUACAGCGACAGGUACAUCUUUGCCUCUAACCUCUAUGAGAGUGAGUGUGUGAAUGAAACCGAGUGGGCGAUCUAUCAGGACUGGCACAGCUGGCUCCAUAAGCAGUUUGGGAAGCACAUUGAGCUGGACGGCAUCAUUUACCUGCGGGCAAAACCAGAAAGAUGUUUGGAGCGAUUGCAUUUGAGAGGAAGAGAUGAGGAACAGGGAAUUCCACUGGAAUAUCUGGAGAAACUUCACUAUAAACAUGAGUGCUGGUUACAGCACAGGACUAUGAGUAUGGAGUUUGAGUAUCUGAAUGAAGUGCCGGUUCUUACCCUGGAUGUCAAUGACGAUUUUAAAGACAACAAUAUGAAGUGUGCUGAUAUGAUCGAGAAGGUGAAAGAAUUUCUGAGCACCCUGUGAUUACGAUGAGAAAAGGUGCAUGUUGGCCAAAAAUGUAACAUUGUGUGUGUGUUUGUUUAUAUACAUUUUACUGAAUGAUGAAAUUUAGUGUGUCAAACAUUGGUGUACAUUUAGCACUUAGUGUUUUUGUUAUUUAAUUUUGUUUACUUUUAUACUUUAUGAAUUAAAUAAUAAAAAAUGAAUAAUUAACUAUUUCUCUUUAAAGAACAAAUAUGAAGAAGUCUCUUCUCAACAAGGCUCCAUUUAUUUGAUCAAAAAUACAGUAAAAUCAGUAAUAUUGUAAAAUAUUAUUGCAGUUUAAAAUAACUGUUCUCUAUUUGAAUAUAUUUUCAUAUGUAAUUUUUUUUAUGAUGCCAAGCUGAAUUUUCAGCAUCAUUACUCCAGUCUUCAGUGUCACAUGAUCUUUCAGUAAUCAUUCUAAUAUUCUGAUUUGCUGUUCAAGAAACAUUAUUAUCAGUGUUAAAAAUCAGUGUUGAUUACUUGAUUAUAAAUUUAUUUUCAGGAUUAUUUGAUGAGUAGAAUGUUUAAAACAGCUAGUAGAAAUCUUUUGUAACAAUGUCUUUACUGUCACUUUUGAUCAACUUAAUGCAUCCUUGCUGAAUAAAUAUAUUAUUUCUUUUAAAAAAAAAUCUCACCGACCCCAAACAUUUAAAAGGUAAUGUAUACAUAUUCAACCACUCUCUGCUUUAAUCAAAACAUACUUUGUGUGACUUUAAAGGAAUAGUUUACUUAAAAUCAGCUGAAUCAUCGUUCACUCUCCCUCGUGUCAUUUAACACCGGUAUGCUGGAGCUGCAUGAGGGAGAGUGAAUGCUGAGAGUUUUUGGGAAAGCUGUUCCUGUAAAUGAGCGCGUGAUACAAAUGUGAUGUGCACAGGUGUGUGCUCAUAGUCCUGAAACACCAGUUGGUGGCGUAGUUCUACAGCACUUUACGAACAGUACAACAAACUUAUGCUAUUCCAUGAAUUUGAAGUCAUCAUUUCCUAUCAUAAAGUAGAAAGAACUGAGGUUUUCACAAUCAUUACUCAGGAUUUAAAGUACAGUGUUUUCAUGAAAUGUGAAACUUCAGCUGGAUGACAUUCCGGGAGUUUUUCUAAAUGAUUUGGAAUAUUCUACUAAAUGUUGAAUAAGUCUACAAUACCAAAUAUUUGUAUGUCUGCAAGUAUCAGGUGCUCAAGAAUCAUGU